AUGCUGAGCUCCAGAAUACUUUUAAUCUUAAUUGCAACAUAUUAUGGAGUGAUGAGUAUACCUCAUCUUGAAAAGCGCUCGCUUGGUGAACUGAACCAUGUGAAUACACAAACGAUCAAACAUGAAAUUCAGAAGAUGGUUCCAAUUGUACCCAUACACAUUGGUAUAGAAACAGUAAAAACGGAAACAAAGAAAGGACGAAAUCUACCCAUAUCGAUAUACGACCGAAACUACCCGCACCAACUUUACGUUUCUAACUUGCACUUCCCCGUCCACAUCAAUCAGUACGUGCCAGUGCACGACCUGACUGUUAUACCGUUACACGCUGUACACAAGAACUCGAACAUCGCUUUUAAAGUUUCUGAACGUAGUAAUGGUGAUGACGAAUCGGUUAAUAAUUACAGGAAUCCCCUCGGAGGGUAUGGUGCGGGAUGGUUUUACGGUGGCCAUGGAGCUGGUCAUGGAUUCCAUUACGCUUAUGGGUGGUGA